AUGUACCAGUAUGAUAAUGAUCAAUGCUGCUAUAAAAUUCAAACUUCCCAUUGAAGGCUGAUGGCUCUUUAUAAAGUUGCUAACGACUCAUGGAAUUAUUCCUUUAAACUAUUAAAAUCAAAAAAAUUUGUGAAUCGAGUUGUGCCAAGGCGAAUGGAUAGAAUUUCCUAUAAAUGUACCAGUAUGAUAAAGAUCAAUGAUGCUAUAAAAUCUAAAGUUCCCAUUGAAGGCUAA